AUGAACCUUUGUUAUAUUAUCUAUUAUGUCGUAUGGACAUUAUUAGUACAUGGAGUAAACUGUCAAAUGGCCCAAUGUAGAAAUAAAUUCAUUUCAGGUACAAAUCCUGGUGUGUAUUACGAGAUAUAUCCAUUGGCAUUGAAUGGUGUUCCAUAUAAUACCCGAAAGGCUAAAUUGAGUACAUAUCUUUCUACACUAUCGUUUUAUGGAACUCCAAUAUACUCAGGCAAUGCCCCAGGACUCGAUUUCAAUGCUCCAGUAUCAGUUGGAGAGGACGAAAUAGCAUAUGGAACCAUAUAUGGCAACGAAAUCACUGUAACUAACUUUUCCAUGGCAGUGGGCGCAUGGGUAUUAGUUCCAGAAACAGGGUGGUAUACGUUUAACAUCCAAGCUGAUUCUGCAGCUGAGUUAUUUAUUGUAAACAGCACAGGUGUAUAUUGUUGUGAAAAUCCAUAUGAUAAUAGCUUCAAUCAGCAAUUCAUGCUCACUAGUAUUCCUUCCGAACCCGAUGUAGAGCAGCCAUCGGGUCAGGUUUUCCUUUAUUCCAAUUUCUAUUAUGAAUUACUAUAUUCAUAUAUCAAUCUUAAUAGUAGUGCAUCAUUCAGUGUUGAAAUUACUGAUCCCUCGGGUAAUGUUUAUUCCGAUAUUACACCGUUUGUUAUGCAGAUGAAUGCAAGAAAUGAUUCAGAAAUAGUAACCUGUAACUAUGUCAUACAAGAUUUCUUCAAAACAGUACCUUGGACAGGUACAGCUAUUACUACUUUGGCUACAGAGUGGACAUAUACUACGGAUUCUACUGGGGGUGUCAUAUUACAGGAACUCCAAGUUAUUGGAACUCCCAAUGAGGAUUCAACUUCUCAUAUAUGGUCAUCAUCACAAACUACUAGUAAAUCAAUUAUAGAGUCGCAAAGUGGAUCUCUAUUAGCUAACGCGACUAACGAAUUCACAGAUUUUAUCUCGACAUCUUCAACCACAGAUAUCACCAGCGAUAUUUCUUCAACCUCGGAUGUGACUAGUAGUCUUUCUUCAACCUCAGAUGUCACCGAGACAAGUUUUCCAACCUCGGGUGUCACCAGCACAGGUUCUUCAAGCUCAGACGUGACAAGUAGUAUUUCUUCAAGCUCGGAUGUGACCGAUGCUAUUUCUUCGAUAAACACGAAGGAGUUGGCAUCAAGCUCUGGUAGCAAUAUGGAAUCAAGUUCAAUAGUUAAGGAGUCCUCGAUAUCAUCUGUAAAUACAUUUGCUAAUGAAGGAAGUGAUACUAGUCUGAAUGGAAAUUUUGUCAGUAGGAGUCAAUCUACUGGUUACCAAUCUAGUUCUAUCUUAACUGCUACUAAAACUAGUACGUCUGAAGUUAUUUUGUCCUCUGGCGAAAACGGAGUAACCGUAAAUGGAUCAUCUUCUGGUACAGAUCAAAUUGUAUCAAAAACAGAAAUUAAUGUAAACGCUCUUUCUACCAGUUCGAAAACCUUAAAUUCGUAUUCGACAGUAUUGGAGUCAUCCAUUUCUAGUAAAGGAUUUUUAGGGACAUCUACCGAACUCUUCGUCACAACAGUAAUAUCAUCAGACGUAGCUCCUUGGAUAGUUUCUGAACCGUCUAGCUAUGGUAAAUCGAUGGUAACCUCAAAUGAGUCGAAAAUAGGUAAUCCUGUAACCAUCAUAAUGUCUAUCACAGACUCUGGUAAGCUAACGUGCCCUGGAAUGAUUGAUAUUGGAGGUUUCCCAAAAAUUUGUGCAACCUCAAUUAGGGAAACUGAAGCCUCUAUUCAAGUUGUCAGUGUAGAUUCUUCACCUACUGAGGAUUUGAUUGCUGGUACAGAUAGGUCCAUAAAAACUAGUAUCUCGUCGGGAGCAGCUGCUGAAAAAUCUACGAAACUGCAAACGGUUAGUGAUUCCUCGAAUAUGUCACUGCAAUCUUCCUCCAAGACUCAAGAUAUAUCAAAUAUUCCGAAUAUUGCGCCUCCCUUCAAUGGAGGAUAUAUUGUGUGUUUAGUUUCUUUCUUUUUGCCUCUGCUGUUAAUCUUUUAA